AGUCAGUAGAAGGGAGAGAAGCUUGACGGCUGCGAUGAAGCCCGCGGUGGAUGAGAUGUUUCCUGAGGGCGCGGGUCCUUAUGUGGACCUCGACGAGGCUGGAGGAAGUACAGGUCUGUUGAUGGAUUUAGCAGCCAAUGAAAAGGCAGUACAUGCAGACUUCUUUAACAGUUUUGAAGAUAUGUUUGAUGAUGAUGAUAUCCAGUGAAAAUCCACUUCCAGCAGGGUGGUGCAAAAACUUCUUGUAGGGAUGACUAUGUUCAAAACAAGAAACUCUGAAUAUUGUGUCUGAGAUGUGAAAGAACACAACAACGUGGAUAAAGAUGGAUGAAGGGGAGAGCUGUGGAGCUGUUUUCAACUAAGAAAUGUGUAGAAGUCCAGUUUUGUAGGCUUGCUUCAAUAAAAUCUAGAGAGCA